UGGGUUUCUCUGUGUAUAUGUUAAUGUGGGCUGAUCCAUUUCAGCAGGAGUAAGGGUCCAGAGGAGAGCAUCCCAAGAUUGGUAUGACAUGCUCUACUCUGGUAAUAAUAAUGAUGGUAAGAAACAGAACCGGUCCUCUGAACCGAGUUGCCUGGGAGACUGAGCAGGUGUAGGAACUGGUUUGUUUAAACGGAUGAAGGUGCUGUUCUGCUCCCUAACGAUGUGGCACUGCAGGGGUGUCCCAUGAGUCAGUGGGGGGCUGUCAGUGUCUACUGCAGGAUCUCCUGGAAAGGCUGCACAGCUAGUCCGGCCGUGUUAAACUGAAGGAUAGCACUGUGGCGCUUACACUAUCUCAUGCAUUCUCUCACUAGUGUCACCUGUACUGAAUACAUUGAGAAAGAUUUGUCACAUAAUUUGUACUACAUUUCUUUAAGUAAAACUAGAUAAUAUACACUGAGAAUAACCAGAAGAGUAUUUUUGCCACUGUAUAUAUAUUUAAAUAGCAAUGCUGCUGUAACAAUGACCUCUCCACAUCUCCCUGCUGCUCAGGUGCUGAAGAUUCUUCAACACCUCUGCACUCCUGGCUCACAUCACUUCUUGUCUGAGCUCUGCAGAAACGCCACCUUAGUCCAGGAAGUGACUGUGUUCAGUGGCCCUCCGGGCCCAGUCCAUGGAAUCACAUUGCACCAGAGAGUGCGGGCUGCAGCCCAGGAGCUGGCCAGUGUGCUGUUCUCUGACUCAGUGCUGCCCCCUCCUGCUCUCUCUCCCUGCAAAGCCUCUCCACCCACAGGAAUGGGCUCGUGGAUGGGGCUGAACUCUGGAAUGCAAGGUUUUGGAUACAGUCCCGGGAGAAACGUCUCCACAGAGGGCACUGUUUUGGACAGGAUCCACAAAACUGCGAAUGUGGUGGCCAAUGUCAUCCUUCCUCCCUCGGAGCUCGCCAGCUCCUGCCUCCAUGACAACUACCAGCCUGUGAUGGCGCCCUCUGCUGCUGUGGAGGCCUCGGUGCAUCUGUCAGGCACCCCCUUGCCCUCCCACAGCAUGAAAGUGGCUUACUUGCUCCCUCCCCCUCCUUCUCAGAGGUGUCCUGCCCUGGCAGGGGGAGGCUGGGAGGAGAGCGACAGCGGACACAGCUCCCAGAACUCCUCUCUGGAGAAUGGGGAUCUCAGCAGAGCGUCUGUGGGUGGAAGCUGCAAGUCAGGGACUGACAGCCAAUCAGGAGCCAGCAGAGAGAGUGUGGCUCUCUCUGAAAGGGUGGAAGCUAUGCAGUUGGGGGACUGUGCCCAGGAAAUGAUGCUGAUCAACACCCUGUCUCAGGGCUCAAAGGUUUUCCUGUCCAGAGACGAAACACAGCACUUCAUCAAGGAGUGUGCAAUACUGAACUGUGAGGCGGUGGUGGAGCUGCUGAGCAGGAAACUUCAGGACUCUCCAGACACCGUCUCAAUGAGGUGUCUGUGUGCCCUGGCCUGCCUGAUGUCAUCAGACCUGCUCUCUCUUGACUGGAUUUUUGCAGUCACCCAGAAGCCCUUGCUGCAGCUGAGCGAGGGUUCUGCAGGACCUGUGGCUAACAAAGCGACAAAGCUCCUGAGGCAGUUUGAGGCGCUGAUAGCAGGUGGGAGACUGAACAGCAGCACCUCCUCCUCUUUUCUCCCAGCGAUGCGUCCCCAGCUCCUAGACGGGGCUCCCGACGUGCCCUCUUGCUCCUCUCUCAUACAUCCUCUGUUUCAAAUUCAGGGUCAAAAACAGACCGCCAGAUCUCACAAACUUGGUCAGCACCACACGGUUCCAGCAUGGAAACAGACACAUGUUGCGACUCCUGCUACCUGGAGCGAUUCGAAGACACUUGUUUGACGGACAGCAGGGACCCUUCAGAAGCUGAUUCUGAUUUAAGUUCUGGCUCAGUUGAGCCACCCCCUGAACCUGUUGCUGGUAAUCUCUGUCUGUUUAGUGGGAUGGAGCUCUUUACUAGAGGAAAGCCAGUGACUGCCAGUUCCAAUGGAGGGAUGAUCACACAGCCUUUAAACUGCACCACAAUACAAGAUAACAAAACUGCAGGUGCUGCGGCUUCUACAGACUGUACCACAGACAGUGCCUCUGGGUCUCCACAGCCUGAUACUGAACACAAGCACCUGUCUGCCUUCACCUUCCUCAACGUUUAAAAGGCCAAGUCUGAUGUCUGCCAACAAAGUCAAACAACCAAAAAAAACCUGCUUAAUUAAAGCACUUAUUGCUUAUUUUUUGAUACUUUUGUAUAAUUAAAACAUUGUUUUUUAAUGUUUUAAUUUAAAUUAAGUACAGCUGGAGGCUGCCUAUACUGAAUUGAAAUGUUCUGUAUUUAAAUCCUAGUCCCUAUUCAUAUUUAAGUGAAGGAUGAAACAGAUCGCUGUGCUAGGGCAUAGCGGAGUCCAGUAUUCAGAACAGUAUCUUCUGUUCUCCCAAAAUUGACAUUCUGAAUACCCAGUCUACAAAGUGGAAUUUAAUUCCCGUGUGGGAUAAUGUACUAAAACUGAAUCCUGUAGUCAAAUCAUAUUACUGUUACUGACAUAAUGUAAGUAAAGCAAAUCCCUGUAAAAACCUACACAAUGCAUUUACUUGGGUAAAAGCUGUAUCCCGUCUCGUCAGGUAACAAGACCAUUCAAGUGCAGGUUUUACAUCCCCUUUCCUGUGUAACACAAGCUGGCUGGCAAGAACUGUAAUUCCACAUCGAAAAUAAAAUAACACCCUGUGAUUAAUGCAAGAGUAACUUAACAAGAUGACUGCUAAUCUUUGACUACUUUACCCAAUUAACAGCAGUGCUAAUGGGGGCUGUGAUACCAGACAUUAAACAUCUGGUUCUCUGGUCUGGAUUAGCAACAGUCUUGUAUUGCCUUGCUAAAGGCAACGUGAUAGUCCAAAAAUAAUGCUAAUUGGAGUCUGAAACCAGAGUGUAUUAUACUGAAAAAGAAAUAGAAAUAGGUCUACACCUGAUUAGUUUACUGGUUGAGUCAAGUUAUUUUUCCUAGACCUGUGUACAGGUCUGCAGGACUAGCACAGCCUUUCUGUGUUGGUCACAGACUCCAAGUAAGUACAGCAUCCUUAUACAUAGAAUUGCAAUUAAGUAAAUCCAAGUGUGUGGUUUAAUAGGUACUCAAUUUGCUACGAUAGAGUGGCAUUUAGAUAGUCAUUUUUAAAGAGGCAGUGAUGAAUAAAUGUAAAUUGAAUUUGAACCCAACAGAAAACAAACAUCACAUCCAAAUGUGAAAGAGAACAGCGCAGGGGUUCUCGUGCAUUUAGCAUAACUGAACAGAAUGAACCUUGAGAGUCAAAAGUUUAUAAACCAUCAGCUUUACUUCAAAUCUUCAAGAGGUGGAUUAAAAAACAAACAAACAAUUUCAAACUCCAAUGUAUGCUUAAAUCUAAUGUACAAUUCUAAAUUUAAAUCCAACUUCCGCAUGGUCUUGUAACUAAAGAAGACCCACAUUACUGUGUAGGACUGCAGACAAUACAGUUCAAAAAGUCCAAGUUCUAAUGCAUAAUGAAAAUGGAAGCCGGUGGAACAGGGAGGUAACGCUGUGGUGGGGCCGAGUGCCUCAGUGGUUCGCUAAUAAGCCAAGAACUCAUCUUCACUAAGCUAACGAUUCAGUUCCAACUCUGACCGUGGCAACCUACAGUCUUUAGGCUGGAUCAAAGCAACAUGAUUUUUUAGGGGACUGGGGUACAAAAAAAGUGCACAGUGCUGUCCAGCCUAAGAAGUAGGGCCCAUAGCACACAAUCACCAUCCCUGAAAAUGAGCUCUUGAGAAAGUGCCUGUAGCUGAACUUGACCACACAGUCACACAAUUCUGCAAUGGCUUUCUGGGUAGAAUUCCACUCCCAGUGCAAUUGCAAACAACUGGAAUUCAGCGAGUAAGUCCUAAGCAUUUGUCCCUGGAUUGUUUUUUUUUUUACACUAAGAGAAUAAACAAGUGAACUUAGUCUUCAACACAACCUCUAAAUCUUUCUAUAAUAAUUUGUAGCAAUAACUUCAAAAAGACCUGAGCCUUGGAAAAAGACUCCAACAAGCAGGCUUGUGUAGAGAACUCUCGGGAAUCAACUGAAUGUAUUGACCCCAAGAUUCUCCCCCCCUCCUCCCUCUCUUUUUGGGUUGCCGUGGAAACCAGGUUAAAGAUCAUCUGACUCACAAAGACUGGUCUCUGGUUCAAAAAUAAUAAAGGUUGACCAAAUAGCUACAGAAACAUUUUAACCCUGUGUUGCUCGGUGCAUCCAAAACAACUACUGAUUUAAUCUGAGCAAACAGAAGUUCUACUGGGAGAAACUAAAUGCAACUGUAACAAUGAACCUUUAUAGAAUGCAUAAAAAAUAUUUUGGGCAGGGUUAAAAUGAUGGUCUAAACAGUGUAUACAUUCUCGUGAGCAGUAUACUUUUCUUAUUUUAGCGCUCUAGACCAGCAAACCAUCUUUAGCAGUUACUACUACUGCUAUGGGCUAUAAUUAGUGGGAAGCUGAUUUAGGUGCGAAUCUGAUCUGUUAUAUGUGUCAGGUUGGAGCAGGUUGCCAGCCUCCUUACUGUAGCUUGCAUUAUAUUUCCAGCAUUCAUUGAAGUGCUUUUCUGGAAUCCCACACUUAUCUAAAUCAAUCAAACUUACACACCCCCCCCCCCCCCCCCCCCCCCCCCCAAAUGAGAACCUGUCAAUCACUGCCACUGCCAAGUGCAAUGAAAAAUCCCAGUUGAGUAGCACCUUGCAUUUAAGCACAGUCUGGAGCAAAAAAAAAAAAAAAAAAAAAAACUGGGGCAUGUUGUAAUGAUCAGAACAGAAACAGACCUAAACAUUACAGUUUGCAAACCUACUCCAACACACACCCCUUUCCCUUACAUUUUUAGUUUAUACAAUGCUGGUAAUGAAGAUAAGUAAAUUACCUUCUUUGGGAAUACGAGGCUGUAUUUAGUAUGUUGGUUUAGAUCCGUCAUUACACCCCACUGUCACUUCAAAGUAGAACAGAAAGGUAGUGAUCAACAUUUGUGUCAUCAAAAAGAAUACUGUCCUGCUUUUAUUGUAAUUUGGAAAUAAAAUCUGUAACAGCCAGCAAGGUGUGGCAGCAGCCAGCCACUGAACAAGAAACACGCUGAGAAUCAAAAGAUACAGCAAAGCUUUCCCCCCCCAUCACAAACAA